AUGAACCCCGCCAUCACCAACCUCGCCGUCUCCCUCGGUGCUAUGCAGAUCGCCCGUCGUCUGCCUACCGAGGACCCCCAGACUGUUUUCUACCUCCGUUGCUUCUACCUCGGUGCCCAGGCGCUCUCGAUCCUGAUCUACUACUAUGUCAUGACUCAGAUCCGCAAGAAGAACGACCUGACCGUCAUCAAGUACGUUCAGCCCAAGUCGCCCAUGCAGCCCGACUCGAAGGACGAGCUUGUCACGACCACUGUCCGUGACUACGACCUCGCCGAGACCUCCAAGGCCAUGAAGGGCCUCUUCACCGGUAUGGCCUUCAUGGGCUUCCUCCACCUCUACAUGGGCUACAUCCCUCCUCUCUUCGUCCAGUCGAUCACCACCCUUAAGGCUGUCCUUGAGGCCAACGAGACCAAGCUCCACCUCUGGAACAAGAAGGCCGACGGCCCUCUCGCUCGUCCCUUCAAGGCCGCCCCUGGCCUCAUGGAGCAGCUGACUGGUGCCCAGGCCGGUCCCCAGACCGACGCCGCCUCGAUCAAGGCUGCCGAGAAGCCCGUCUCCUCCAAGUCCAAGAAGUCCGACAUCUGCACAACACAAAAAGCGACGGAGAAGAGCGAGAGUGCGCGAGAGGAAGCGCGAGGAUGGUGA